CAAAUAAAAGAAAUGAGGCUGUGACGUCAGAAAAGUUCGGAAGCUAAGGAUUAACGGUACUUCCAUUCGUAGAUUAACGGUUCUUCCAGCUGACUGCGGACGUCUUUUCGGAUGUUCUCCUCAACCAAUUGAUUGCCUUUUCACACUUUGGCUAUGAGUUCCGAAUUCGAGAUUUUGAUCGGCAGAAAGAAGUGUGUUUUAGAACUGACAUUUUUGCUCUCUUUACUUUGUUUGUUGAUUUAUUAAGGUCUCUCUCUCUCUGUUUUUUUUUUGAGGGGGAAAAGCAUGAGUUUUUCUCUCAGCAAAAGAGAACAUCAGUGGAAAUAAAGAGCAAAUUGAUACGUCAAAUAUAAUAAGCAGCUUGCUGUCUGCAACAAAGGGAUGGAGAAGCUGAGAAAACCGGCGAAGAGCGUUUUGCUGUCUUUAGUCUCCUUGGCCUUCGUCUUAAAGCCGCAAGGUCAGUUCUCAGUUAGAUCCCUACAGAUACGACCUCAAGCAUGUUAUAAUUCUAUGGGAGACGGUGGAACUUGUAUGUUUGUAUGGGAAUGCAUAAAAACAGAAGGUAAACAUUUAGGAACCUGUGCUGAUGGAUUUCUCUUCGGAAGUUGUUGUGGUCACAACGAUUCGAAAAACAAUCUGAUUCCACAGAUUAGCACUACUUCAGAGAGUUAUAACAGUGAACAAACAACUGAAUCUCCAACUACAUCAGUUACACAGCAUGGAAGUCUUAACAAGCUUAAACCAUCUAAUAAGCCUGAAUUGUCAGGAAUAUUUAACACGAGACCGCUUUACCCUCAAACUACAGCUGCAUCAAGUCAGACAAAACCACAAUCUGAACAGCAAUCAAAGCUUCCUGCUAAAACAACUCAGCGACCGGCAAUGAAACCAACACAAGCAACUGAAACGCCAGUUGUUCAUUUUACAAGAUAUCCAUCUUCAUCAGUAACUACUGAAAAAUCUUUAACACUUUCAACUACAUCUUCAUCAGAUGAUCUGACCCAGAAACAGAGCUCUUCAACAAAUAAAUUUGGAAAUGUCUCACCUAAUUCUACGAACGGCUGGUUCCGUCCCUCUGCUAUCACUUCUUUCUAUGCUUCAACAAAGGGCCCUCAGUAUUCAACCACUCAGAGACCACAAACUCAUAAACCAUCUACUCAUUUAUUUAUUUCAACAAAAUCAUCAACAACUCGGAGACCACAAACAACUCCAAAAUAUCGACCAUCAUGGAAGCCAAGCCCAGGAUUCACUACACCUUCAAAAUCGCAUCUUUUUACUUUUUCCAAUUAUUAUACUACACCUAAAACAACACACUUACAAGUGACCUCAACAACACCCUACAGUUCCAAAAAUAGUUCAUCAACUAGUAAACCUGUUUCCUUAGUAAAACCGACUCAGAGGGUUUCAACUACAAGAAAGCCAAAUAGCACUACUUAUAGACCUAUUUUCAGUACUAGUGAAAAAACAGUAAGACCAACCCAAAGAGUUUCAACCACAAGAAAGCCUAGCACUACCUAUAGGCCUAUUUUCGGCACAAAUGGACAUACAGUAAAGCCGACUCAAAGAGUUUCAACCACAAGAAAGUCGAGUACGUAUACCUAUCGCCCGAUUUUCAGUACAAGUGAAAAAACUCCUUAUUCUACAGUUAAACCAACGACAUUUAGCGUAUCGAUGAUACCUUUCUUUACAACUUAUCGACCGAAGCCACCGGGAACCACGCAUUUUAACUGGUUCUCUCCUCCGACAACAAAAUUGCCUGUCAGUACUAAUAAAUACAAUGCAACAAUUGUGAAUGGAAGUGUCUUAGUUGAAAGCACUGUACCCUCAAUAAUCAGACCGUCUUCAAGCAUCAAGCCAACGGGAAGCAUAUUUUCACCUUCGAAACCAUUUAUUUCGACUUCAACUGAAAGAUAUUCAACAACAGUUUCCUCUAAGCAAUCAACUCCCUUCCCAAUUUCCCCCUGCGGUUUGCAAAAUCCUCACCCUCAAAAGAAAGUUGUUGGAGGAAAGAACUCCGCUUUUGGAUCUUGGCCGUGGCAGGCAUCUGUACGACGGACAUCUUUCUUUGGAUUUUCCAGCACUCAUCGUUGCGGAGGAGCCCUUAUUAGUCGGCAGUGGGUCGCAACAGCUGGGCAUUGUGUAGAUGAUUUACUUUUAUCUCAGAUAAAGAUAAGGGUUGGCGAAUAUGAUUUUGCUAGUGUUCAAGAACCGCACGGCUAUGUGGAAAGAGGAGCAAAAAAGAAAAUUGUUCAUCCGAGGUACAAUUUCUUCACAUAUGAGAAUGAUUUAGCACUGGUGCAGCUCGAGGAAGCAAUUGAUUCAGAAAAAUACCCUCAUAUAUCUCCAAUUUGUUUACCUCCAGUAGAAGAAAGUCUUGUUGGAAAAAAUGCAACUGUUACUGGCUGGGGGAGGCUCAGUGAAGGAGGAAUACUGCCAUCAAUACUGCAAGAAGUUCAGGUUCCAAUAAUCAGUAAUGAGAAAUGUAAAAAUAUGUUUCUGGCGGCUGGAAGGCAUGAAUAUAUUCCAGACAUAUUCAUGUGUGCAGGAUUUGAAGAAGGUGGCCGAGACUCCUGUCAGGGAGAUUCCGGAGGACCUCUUCAAAUCCAAGCGGAUGAAGGCUACUGGUUCUUGGCUGGUAUCAUAUCGUGGGGCAUUGGCUGUGCAGAACCCAACAUGCCUGGAGUGUGCACAAGGAUAUCGAAAUUCAAAGACUGGGUUGUGCAACAAAUCACGUGACAAUGACAAAAUGCCUGUAGUCUUUUUUAAAGAAUAUUAACUGCUGUUUGUAUUUGAAUUUUAAAUAGCAAACCAUCGCUGAUACAUGAACUGUUUAGGAAAGGUUUCGUAUAUUUAUAUUAACUUGUUUCCCGAAAUUCCAUAGAAAGAAUGGAAAAUUUCCUUUCAUUGAAUUUUAAUAAUUGGUGCCAAAAUAUACACGAUGUGGAACUUAAAUUCUAAAAAUAAAACAUUUAAAAUAAGAAACUUAAUUUAAAAAAUUGCUUUAUUUAAUUUUCAUAGUUUAUUUAUACUGCUCCAGCUUAGAUUUUGUAGAAAUAAAAUCCUUAUUUAAAAACAAUGUGCAAUGAUCAAAUCAUUUAAAAACAAGUAUUCUUGUACAUGACAUUAAAAGAAUAAAAUCAACGCAGUUGAA